AAUGCACUGUCAAUGCAAUACCAGUGUACUACACAUGCAGAAGUGGACCAGAGCCAAUGACGUCAUAACAGCUUUAUGACCUGAGCCUAGCAACAGACAGUGUUUGGGAGUUGUGCAGCUACUGUAGAUAUUUGAUGAUGGUGCUGGGUACACUGUGUAAGCUGGUCCAGCGACAGACCUACACCUGUCUGUCUCACCGCUAUGGCACGGUGCUGUGCUUCGGGGGACUACUGUUACUCACAGUGUCAGCUUUCCAGUUUGGGGAGGUAAUGUUAGAGUGGAGUAAGGACCAGUAUGCAGCCAUGUUUAGCGCCUAUCACGACAACAUUGCGAGCAAGUCGUUCCAGGAUCGCCUGUGCCUGCCUGUACCCAUUGAUGUUGUGUACACGUGGGUGAACGGGACGGACCCAAAAUUACUGGAGGGACUACGCAGACUCAAAAUGGACAUGGAGCUGGAAAUCAACAAAACUAAGACAGGCCCAGAGACCAACCAAACAACCGAUAACAGCAGUAAAACCAGGUGUAAGUUAAAAGACUGUGUGUCAGUCCCAGCUGUGGUGUUGGUACCACCGCUACCACCCGAGAUGGGGUUACCGGAGGUCCGUGCAGAGUUCCCCGUCUUCCUGCUGGCCAGGAGCGUGGAACACCACACGGCGCUGGGCGAUCCACCCGUCAACAUCACAGUCAUCAAGUUCUCCUCUCAAGUAGAAGUCAACGUAGUUCUGAAGGAAACCGUGGAGGUAAACGGGGUGAACGUGUCCCUACAACAAGGCUACCUGACCAGUGACUGGACGGUACCUCACAGCGUACUCCUGAAGGACACAGUCAUGGUCACUCACCUGCCAAGGCAGGGAGAAGAGGAGGUCAAGGCCAUGUUAGAGGACAAGUUCAGAGAGAAGGUCUCCUCUGUGGAAGUGUACCUGGAAAAGAGGGUGGCCGUCAUGGAUGUACCAGACUUUAAUGAUAUGGACCUUCUGCUCAAGGACGGUGAUGUCACCAAUGUGACGAUAGGGAAUGACACAGUAAGAUUGACAGCUGCCAGUCUGGCCUGGGAUCUCACAGAUGAUCUGUCCUUCCAUGAAGACAUUGCACCAAGCAGGUUUGAAGACAAUGAAGAACUGAGGUACUCCCUACGUUCCAUCGAGAGGUACGCGCCGUGGGUCCGACAUGUUUACAUCGUCACCAACGGUCAGAUCCCGUCCUGGCUCAACCUGGACAAUCCCAGACUGACCAUCGUGACCCACAGCGACCUGUUCCCCAACGCCAGUCACCUGCCGUCCUUCAGCUCACCUGCCAUCGAGGCACACCUGCACAGGAUCCCCGGACUGUCCAACAAGUUCAUCUACCUGAACGAUGACGUGAUGUUUGGUGCUGAGGUCUGGCCGGAUGACUUCUACACACACUCACAGGGGCAGAAGGUCUACCUUGCCUGGCCAGUACCCAACUGUGCAGAUGGCUGCCCCUCCUCGUGGAUCAGGGACAACUACUGUGACAAGGCCUGCAACAACUCAGAAUGUGAAUGGGAUGGUGGUGACUGCCUUGGAGCAGCUGGUGCCGGACCAAACCAAGUGCACGGUAUAGGACAGGACUCCGGGGCCAACAUCAUGUACUGUAACCCCGGCUGUGCCAACAACUGGCUGGCUGACAGAUACUGUGACCAGGCCUGUAAUGUGUUGGAGUGUGGGUUUGACGCGGGUGACUGUGGGACGGUUAACUUCGACAAGCUGACCAAGAUCGACCUUCAGCCAGACGUUCACCUGUAUCACCUGAAGGAGGGGGAACACCUGGUGUACUUUAACCUGUCAGCUGUGUUCCCUGAAGGUAUAUCAGUGACUGAGGGGAAGUAUGAUGAUAACGGUGUGAUCAGGGCGGCGACGGUUGCACAGAAGUUCAAGACUCUGAACAUCGUCCUCUUUCCAAACAAGAACGCCUCGGUUCUACACUUUAACCUCACUGGCAAAAACAAGGACACUAACGAAAAAUUCAACAUGGCCUUCAACCUGACUGUUGACACCAAGGAGCGGCCCAAGGAAGUGUUGUUGUUGAAUGAGACAGGAGGGGAGGGGAACGUCAGCAGCACGGCAGCCAGCGACACAGAAGACACACACGAGGAAGACAUUCUCAUCUCCUUCCAGGAAGUUCCUGAAGAUAAGAUGCACCCAAAGGUGAAAAGAGACAUACGACCAGUAGAGAUACCAGAGUCCUUACCUGAUGUUAACAACAUGAGCUUUGUACCCGAGGAUUUGAGUGCAGGACUCAAGGAGCUAGAAGGUCAACUUGAUGCUGGAGAACUAACAGAGAAAGGGUACAAAAAGCUAGUCGCAGCUCUGUGGAAGAACUUCCCUCCUGAAGUGUUGAGAGUCGAGGCGUUUAAGCAGCUUCAGAAGAAGAAAACCUCCCCAGCUGCUGCUAAACACAGUCCUGCAAGGAGGACAAACACAAGGAAAAGUCAACCACUGAAGGAUGAUGGGAGCCCAGCAAAGAAUCCUGGGAUAGAUGCCAAAGGUCAUGGUAGAGAGGGUGCCAAGGUCUCAGUUGGAACAAAACGACUGAAAAAUUUGGUCAGUCAGAUGGAUUCAAAGGUUUUGAGAAAAAACGAUGGGAAGAUAUUGAAAGUGAGGGCAAAUGAAGGAGAAACACUGAAUAUGAAUGACGAAAAAAUCAUUUUAAGACAAGACAAAGUAAACAGGCCAUUAAAUGAUGAAGGUGUCAUCAAUAUGGAACAAAACAUGGAAGGUGGAGACAUAAUAAAACAGUCAGAAGUUGAGUCCUUAGACAAAAGUAAGGGAGAAAAUAUCUCAACUAGCUUGAAGGAAGUUAAAAGCAAGGACGAAAACAAUAAAUUUGAAGAUGACAACCCUCCGGUUAGAAGACUAUUGGCCAAGGACCUUAGUGGUAGGGAAGCUGUAGAGGCUGACUCAGUAUUGGGAAGCUUCCUGCCAUGGGAGAAACAGGGUGUUUUCAGCAACUUAAGAAGGGAGAAAGAAAAAGUGCUGACAGAAAAACUAUAUCAGUCUCCCUCACAUAGGACACGUCAGCUGACAGACACAUUUGCGGAUUCCUUACGACACAGUAACCGCAUUUUCAACAAAGCGUACGGCUUCCAAGCGAGGAAGGUGCCAGCACACAUGCCUCACAUGAUAGACGUAACCAUCAUGACAGAACUACAGGAGAAACUUCCUGAGGAGUUUGAUGAAACGUCCUCUCACAAGAUCAGACACUCCAAAGACAUGCAGUUUGCUUUCUCUUACUUCUACUACCUGAUGAGUGAGAAGGAGCCCAGGAACGUGACGGAAAUCUUUGAUUCGCUGGACACUGACAAAUCAGGCAUCCUGUCAGACCGAGAGUUAAGAACGAUGGCUGCCCGGUUGAAUGACCUCCCCCUGGCCCUGCAGCACCUGACUCAGCUAGAACAGAUCCUCAUCAACUGUUCCGCUUCUCUACCCAAAAACCUGACAGAACCUGCAACCAUUCCUCCAACACAGGAGCACUACUAUGAACCCAGGAUGCCCCUGGUCACCAAGUCCCUGGUCCUGCACUGCCAUGGACUGGUCAAGCUGCUGAACAACAGCUACAAGGAGAAGAACAAGUUCAAGUACGAGGUGGUCAGCGAAGACCAGGUGGCCUUCAAGAUGAUCCGCACCAACGUCUCCCAGGUCAUAGGUCAGCUGGACGACAUUCGCAAGAACCCCAAGAAGUUUGUCUGCCUGAACGACAACAUCGACCACAAGCAGAAGGACGCGCAGCUGGUGAAGGCGGUGAUCGUGGACUUCUACGAGGCCAUGUUCCCGCUGGCGUCGCAGUUCGAGCUGCCGCGGGAGUACAGGAACAGGUUCCUGCACAUGGACGAGCUGCGGGAGUGGCGCGCGUACAGGGACUGGUUACGCUUCCUCACACACCUCACCAUGGGAGCACUCAUCCUGUUCUCCCUCUGGUCAUUCUGUGCCAAUCAGGGCUAUCGGAUGGUUCUGUCCCUUUUACGAUUACUAUAGCAGCAUUGAAGAGAAGAUUCUGGCCGGUUUUAGGGAGAAGAAACCGGACACUUGGGCGGUUACUCAGGGUGUAGAAACUAGUGCAUAACGUUUAGCAACUUGUGUGGGACCAACGACACUGAAUGCAAUAUGACCUGUUACAUGUACAGCUGUUGUAAUAUUUCUUUUGCAAGUAUGAUGAAGAUACUACAAUUAUAACCCUCUAAGAGGUGAAAAUGCAAUACUUUGUGCUGCAAUAUUUAAAUUGCAAAAAUUUGCAAUGCCCUGCUGCAGCAGCAAAAUUUACUGCAGUUUCUGCUGCAGUACUUGCCAUGGUACCAGACUGUGAUUUAAGUGCUACAGUCAUAUCUGUUCCUCUUACUUGCAUAUUCAUUUUUGUAUCUUGCCAUUGCAACAGAAAACGUUUUGGAAGACAAUUCUUUUGAUGUUUUAUUCUAAGUCAUGGAGGUGUAGAUGCUUGGUGAUGGUAAGAAUUACGUCUUUCGUGUUCUUAAUAUGUAUGAUGUUUGAUUCCUUUUUUAUCAACAUGUUAAGUAGAGGUUAAUAUUACUACUCUAUCGAGAUACUGGAAAAACAUCAAACCCAUACUA